AUGGCUGGACUUAAUGUUUCAUUUGGGUAUUUCUGUAUGGUCAUUGCCAUUUGUGAGUUUGUCAGGAGGAUCUCCAGGAAACUUUUGCCAAUCCACAUCUACUCCAACUUGGUGGUGGAGUUCGUCUCCUGCUUCCAGUUAGCUGCCUGUUGGUUUGAACGUGAGAUGCUUGUGGAAAUUGGAUCUUGGGGAGGCGGAUAUGGAACUGAUGUGGUUACGACACUGCUGUUUGUUCUCUUCUUGAUCCAUGAAGCCACGUUUGAUGGAGCUGAGGCUAAUCCCUUGGUAACCAUGCAAGAAUUGCUCCGCUACAAUUCCUCUAUGAAAGCCAGCAUUGUGAAGCUCUUUGCUCAAUUCGGAGGGACAGAGCUUGCGAGAAUAGUCGCAAAGAUUUACUGGUCAUGGGAGCUAACAGAUUUCCAUCUCAUCCAGAAUCUGAUGGCCAUAGAUUGCAGCUCAUCCAUCAAGACAUCAAUUGGCCAAGGAAUCUUUGCUGAAGCAAUCUGUGCCUUCCUUUUCCACCUGGUUUUGAUGAAGCUUGAAAGAACAAUUGUUGGAUACAGGAUUAUCUUCAAAGCCCUAUUAAUCACUGUUGUCUCUUGUGUAGUUGGCCCGUACACAGCAGCACUGUUUAACCCAGCACUUGCCUUCUCAUUCACGUUCCACUGUUCUGGAAACACAUGGUCAGAAUACAUGGCCGUCUACUGGCUCAGUCCAUUUGUUGCAAUGUUUCUGGCUGUCUUUCUUUUCAACGGAAACGUUCCCCUCCUUUUCUCCACGAAUCUGAUGUAUUCCCAAAAGCCCAAGUACAAAAUUCCUAAAGGGAAAUCGACACCAGAGGCUGGAGAGAAUAAAUCAACGAAACGUGAAAAGGGUGACGAGAGGCUCGAAAAUAACCGCAGAGGUGGAAACAAACGAGUGAAAUUCACCCCAUUCGGUUUACAGUGUUUUAUGUGGUUAUAAUCAUUGGUUAAUUGGUCUGUUAUUGACCUGUACCUUAGUGACCCUGAGAUACUCAUUCUAUAGUGACCCUGAUAUUAUGUAUUCCUGUAUUUGCCCUCUUGCAUUCACCCACUGGUAUCUCCCUACGUGUACACCUUUUUGUUUUGGGUCAGUCAGUUGUUUGACAUAGACAGAAAACCUCCUCCAUGUGCAGUUCAUUAUACUAUUUCACAAGUAUUUCACACUUGUUAGUAGUUUCUAGACACUUAUUUUGAGUUUGCUGUUCAGAAUUAAGUGGGGUUUGUGAGAAAGAUAAUUUUAAGUGGUCAGAGGGAGAUUCCAGUUUACUUAUUCAUUAAACAUCCAACAUUGCAACAAUUAGAAUCGUGUAAUAUGGGGCCAGUAAUAUGUCAGUAAAUAUACAACCAGCCUGCAACUAUUUUUCCCUAAGAUUGCUUUGCUGAA